AUAUCAGAUCACAGUGAGAUUAUUACAGACAACAUUGAAAUUGCAAAGGUUAGCAAUAUUUAAUAUAAUUAGAUGAAGUUCAGUACUGGGAAAUCGUUAGUAAUUCAUGAAGAAAAUUUAAGAAUAUUGUUUGAUGAGGUGUUUUAUCCUUAUGUAUACAAAAUUCCUCCGAUUCCCUUGAAUUUUUUCCUCGAAAUUGCACAUGUGUUUGUUUUUUUCUCUUCUAAUUUUAUAAUUUAUUCUUUUGUCUUUUUCAGGGACGUGGGUCUUUUCCUUAUGACGUUUCUGCAUUUGAUAUCCAUAAGGAACUGGAGUGGAAUCCUACUGGCGACUCAUUACGACGUUAUCCAAUAAUGAUCACCGAUGAUGGCGGAUUGUUUUACUACAGGUAA